AUGUCGACUCCCAAGAAGAACAUCCUCCUCCUCAUUGCGGACGACUUGGGGAAGAAUCUGGGAUGCUACGGAGCGAAGGUUCAGACACCCAACAUCGACGAGCUCGCCGCCCAAGGAGUGCGGUACUCUCAUGCAUUCACCAGCACUGCUUCCUGCAGCAACAGCAGAUCGGUCAUCUACACCGGCUUGCACACCCACCAAAAUGGCCAGUAUGGGCUCGCCAACAAGAAACAUCACUUUGUCAUAUUCGACGACAUCAAAACAUCUCCGGCCUUCUUCCGCGAGCGCGGAUACUUGACUGCAUUGAUCGGAAAAGUACACGUUGGACCCGCUGCUUCAUUCCCGUGGGAGCACCGACUGGAAAGUGGCACUCGCGAUGUUGCAUGGGUCGCGGACCAAGCAAGCGAAAUCUUCCAGCAAGCCAAAGACUCGGAUCGGCCUUUCUUCCUCACUGUAGGCUACAUCGACCCGCAUAGAGACAUGACUCGAUCUGGUUUCGGAAAUGAAGACAAGUUCGAUGAGAGGAUCAAAGACGUGCGAUACGAAGCUUCCAACGUGGAAAUCCCUCCCUUCAUAAACAACAUCGAGGAGACUCGUUUCGAGUUUUCUGAGUAUUAUCGAUCCAUCAGCCGCCUCGACCAGGGAGUUGGACUUAUAUUGCAAAAGCUCGAGGCCGCAGGUCUUGCAGAUGACACUCUGGUCGUCUUCCUGAGCGACAAUGGUCCUCCAUUUCUCAAUUCCAAGACGACGCUUUACGAUGCCGGUAUCUGUCUGCCUUUCAUCGUUCGCAAACCCGGCUCUGCUGUCAGGAACAUCGUGAAUCCGAACAUGGUCUCCUACGUCGACAUAUUCCCAACUUUCCAGGAAUGGACAGGCACGUCGGAGCACUCACCAGAAGGGCUAGCUGGGCAGUCAUUUCUUCCAAUCCACGAACGGACGGACCUCGUCCCGGAGUCUGAAUGGAAGCAUCACAUUUUCGGCUCUCACACUUUCCACGAGGUUACCAACUAUUGGCCUACUCGCAUCCUUCGGACACGCAAAUACAAAUACCAUCGUAACGUUGCCUGGAGAUUGGACUUCCCAUUCGCAGCCGAUCUGUACGGCUCGCUGGCGUGGGACGGAAUCCGCCACUCACAGCCACUCGGCUCAGAGAAGGAGAUCAUGGUCGGGCCUCGCAAGUUGCAGGACUACAUCUUCCGGCCGCCUGAGGAACUUUAUGACCUCGAGGCUGAUCCUCAAGAAGUGGUCAAUCUUGCAAAGGAUCCGCAGUACAAAGAUUUGCUUCUCAGUCAUCGGGCGAAGCUGGAAGAAUGGCAGGAUAGGACGAAGGAUCCGUGGCUGUACCGGGACGGGGUUAGCAAAUUGUUUGUCCAGCAUCAUUUGGACGCUGGAAUGAUCCUACCGGAUCGCUUCGAUCUAGAGCUGGACAACGUCCGCAUCAGAUAGCUACGCUACAUGGAGCAGUCGCCAUU